AUGAAGCCCUCAACGCCCCUCGCUGGCCCGUGGAAGCAUUUCAGGGACCGCCUGAUCCCCAUCCAUCCCCGGUGGCACGCAAACAGGCGUAAGCCCGUGACGACGAAGCGCGGAAACAAGGAUUUCUACAAAGGUACCGGGUCCGCAAACAUGGGACGGCAUACCAAGCAUGGUGGAUAUAUCAUUGAUUACCAGAAGGUGCGGACAUAUGUCGUGCCUGACGAACUGGUGACCACAAAUCUCGCUCCGUAUCUCCCCAACACCCUUCCCCCCCUCAAAAACACCUUCGCCGGCUACAAGGGCGGUCCUUCCGAUGGCAAUUGGUACCUCGACAAGUACAGAGAGUAUCUGAAGUACGGCGCAGACGAGGCUCCCGAGUCGCGACGGAACGAGGACUGGAUCGAGCGGGCGUAA